GGAGGUUUUUUUUUGGUCCACUUUACGAGUUUUAUAAUAGUUACCAUUAAACUUAACAUUUUUUAAAAAAUGAACUUUGUUACUAUAGCAACUAUUUUAAUUAGUCUUGCUUCGCAAAUUAAUGGUCAUGGUUAUUUACAAAAUCCACCUGCUAGAAACUCAAUGUGGAGGUUUGGGUUUAACACGCCACCUAAUUACAACGAUAACGAAUUGUUUUGCGGUGGGGCUACUGUUAUGAAUAUGAAUAAUGGAGGGCGUUGUGGCGUUUGUGGUGACCCAUGGCAUGUAAAAGAUCAACCACACAUGGACGGCGGAAGUUAUGACAAAGGCAUCAUUGUAAAAACUUACAAGAAAGGACAAAUAAUUGAUCUCGAAAUUCUGUUAACAACAAGUCACAUGGGAUAUUUUGAAAUUAGAGUUGGAGAUUUUUCUAAGACUAAAACUUCAGGCGAUUCAAUUGGUAAAUUAAACGGAGAACUCUUGGAAUUAGUAACCGGAGGGACAAAAUUUGCCGUGACAGAAUGGGGCAGAUUUUUAUAUAAAUAUCAAGUUCGACUUCCAUCUAAUUUAAAAUGUGAGAGAUGCGUUUUACAGUGGUGGUACAAGGGAGGAAACAACUGGGGGUGCGAAGGUGGAAAAUGCGGUAUGGGACUCGGACCUCAAGAACAUUUCGUCAAUUGCGCAGACAUAAAAAUUGUUGCGUAAAAACUUUAAAAAAAAAAUUGGAAAAUGUUGUUUAACUUUUUAACAAACAAAAAUAAAAAAUUAUUUAUA